UACCAAGAGCGGUAACCCCGAGCUACACUCGAGCUUACCAUGCGGCGUUGCUCAGGGAGUCCCUGCAGCACUUACCUUGUCCUUCGCUCCCACGAUGUGUCCCCUGCAGCAUCCCCGGCCAUCUCCUCCGGCCAGUGCCGGCAUCCGGCUUCCAUGUUCCGGUCCCUGUGACAUUGGUACGUACGGGCGCCGGAACCGGUGGCAAAUUUAGAAUUUUUAAAAAAUGUCAUUUUUUUUAAAUGAUUUUAAAAAAUGCUUUGUCCUGUGCCCUGCCUGCAUUUUGACUGUUCUUUCUG